ACUCGGGCAGGGCUGAUCCGUCCAUCAGGCACCUGUGCAUCACUGCCUGAUCCCGAAGCCCGCAAUGCAGAGCGCUGUGGGGUUGUCGAUGCCGCAGGCCCCUCGGGGGGUGCGGCAGGGGGCGGGCCAGGCGCUGGGACGGCCGUCACAGAGGGUCAGGGUCAGCGCCCAGGGCGUCAUGAACGGCACCAUGAGCAAGGAGGAGGCCGCCAAGUACACGCCUGACCAGCUGGAGUUUCUGAUGCGCAAGCGCUCGGCGUCGGCCAGCCCCGGCGCGCAGUCCCUGAGCAACGGCACCACCAUCGUCCCCGGCGCCGCCGCCGGCCUCUCCCCAGAGCAGCAGGAGUUCCUGGAGCGCAAGCGCCGCGAGGCCAGCGCCUCCCCCACCCCGGCCGUGCCAGCGCGGGGCCGCAGCCCGGCGCCGCGCCGCCCCGCCAGCCGCCCUCCCGCUGCCGCCGUCGGCAGCAGCAGCCCGGCCGCGGGGCUCACCCCGGAGCAGCAGGCAUUCCUGGAGCGCAAGCGCAGCGAGACGAGCGCCUCGCCGGCCCCCGCUGCGCCCAGCCGAGGCCGCAGCCCGGCGCCGCGCCGCGGCAGCAGCACCCCGCCCUCCCGCAGCAGCAGCGGCAGCUCGGCCUCCCCGGUGGCGGGCCUGACGCCUGACCAGCAGGCAUUCCUGGAGCGCAAGCGCCAGGGCUCCAGCACGUCUCCCGCCCCUGCACCUGCCGCUGGAAGCAAUCCGGCGGCCAUGGCAGGCCUGACCCCGGAGCAGCAGGCUUUCCUGGAGCGCAAGCGCAGCGAGGCCAGCGCCUCGCCGCCGCCCGCGGCGCCGAUGCGCGGGCGCAGCCGCAGCCCCGUGCCGCGGCCUUCCAGCCGGCCUGCGCCACUCCCCGCAGCCAGCAGCGCGCCUGCGCCUGCGGGUCUGACGCCUGACCAGCAGGCUUUCCUGGAGCGCAAGCGCCAGGGCUCCAGCAUGUCUCCCGCGCCUGCCGCCGCCAGCAUGCCGUCAAUGGAGGGCCUCUCACCCGAGCAGCGCGCCUUCCUGGAGCGCAAGCGCAGCGAGGCCAGCGCCUCGCCGCCGCCGCAGUCGGAGCGCGGGCGCGGGCGCAGCCGCAGCCCCGCGCCGCGGCCGAGCAGCCGCACCCCCGUGCCGCGCGCCGCGGCCGCCGGCCUCUCCCUCUCCUCCGCCUCGCUGUCCGAUGACGGCAUGCGGCCGAUGGAGGAGCUUCUGGCUUCCCUGGAAGCUACGAUCCAGGCCUGCGUGGCAGACGGCCUGAUCACCCGUGAGGAGGCAGCCAAGUGCUCCCCCGAGCAGCUGGAGUUCCUGGUGCGCAAGCGCACGGGCCAGAUGGCGGCGCCCGGCGCUGGCGCAGGCGGCGGCGCGGGUGGUACCUCCACGGGCCUGCCUCAGUCGGCGCAGGGCUCCGAUGGCAAGACGGGAUGGUCGGGUAUCGCCCUGGCGUCCCUGGCGCUGCUGGGGACCGGCAUCUUCCUGGCGCCAGACAGCCUGCUGCCCAAGGACAGCCUGCGCAUGCUGCCGCAGGCGCUGCAGCGGCCCGGCCUGUCGCAGCCGGCGCCGCCCAAGGCGGAUGCAGUGAAGCUCGAGGAGCCGCCCGCUCCCGCCGCUCCCAAGGCAGAGGCACCACCGCCGCCGCCGCCUGCAGCAAAGGCGGAGCCUCCAAAGGCCGCCGCUGUGGCGCCGGCCCCGGCAGCCAAGCCCGAGGCGAAGCCUGAAGCCAAGCCAGCGGCCAAGGCUGAGCAGGUCGAGAAGAGCGAGGCCGCCCCGGCCGCCGCCGCGGCACCCAAGCCGGCUGCUGCCGCGGCACCCAAGGCGGAGGAGAAGAAGCCUGCUGCUGCCGAGCCCAAGCCUGCGCCUGUGGCGGCAGCCAAGGCCGAGGAGGCCAAGAAGCCGGAGCCCGCGGCAGCCGAGAAGGCGGCGCCGCCACCGGCUGCCAAGGCGCCGCCGCCCGCUCCUGCACCGACUGCAGCGCCGGCUGCUGCAGCCGGCGCUGCUGCAGCUGCAAAGGUGGCCGAUGCUGCCAAGCCCGCCGCCCCUGCACCACCCCCGGCGCCAGCAGUGGCAGCUGCGGCGGCUCCCAAGCCCGCACCUGCACCCGAGCCCAAGAAGACGGAGCCUGCUCCUGCCGCUGCCGCCGCGGCCGCCAAGCCGCAGCCGGCUGUGGCGGCGGCGGCUAAGCCCAAGGAGGAGGGCCCCAGUGCUGCAGACCAAGCCAAGGAGCUGGCUGCCGGGCUGGCGGCCAGCCUCAACUCAGCCAAGCCUGGCGAGGCGGAGCAGGCAGCGCUGACCGGCGCCAUCGCCCGCUUCACCGCCAACAGCGGCCUGGUGGCUGCGGCCGGCGGCGUGCUGGUGGCUGCGGCCGCGCUGCUGCCGGGCCCCCGUGAGGCGAUUAUCAGCAGCCUGACCGGCCAGUCGCCGCAGCAGCGGUACGAGGAGCUGCAGAAGAAGCUGGCGGCGCAGCAGGCCGAGGCGCAGGCCGCCCAGCGCGAGUUUGAGCGCAGCCAGGCCAAGCUGAGGGCCACCAAGAGCACGCUGGACACGCUGAGCAGCCUGCUGAACAACAGCCGGCAGCAGCGCGCGCGGUGA